CAUUCACCAUCCCAGAAUAAACACUAUCAACGUAUAUGCAAAAAAAACAACGUGAGUUCUCAGCUCGUGUGUACAAGACAACUACAUACGAAUAUAUUCCCGAGCGAAUAUUUCAGUGAAGUGAGAAUGUCACUAAACAGGUCAAUGGAACCGCUACAAAGACAAGCCCCCGGACUUUGCCUACUUGGCCUCCAAGUACCCAGACUUCGAACAGCAUGUCCACACCAACCUGGCUGGCAGAGCUAUGUACUGGAGCGUCCUGCAUCUACCCCCUGCUGGGAGCUUCUAUGAACGGCUGGCAUUACCUGGCUACUGAGGUAGAUGACAUUUGCCUUGAUUACGCCACCAGGAACGUGGAGCAGAACAACCUCUCUGACCUUAUCAAAGUGGUGAAAGUUCCCCAGAAGACCUUAUUAAUGGACGCUUUAGAAGAGGAGUCAGCCAUUGUCUAUGACUUCUGCAUGUGUAACCCUCCCUCCUUCGCCAACCAACUAGAGGCUAAGGGGGUAAAUUCCAGGAACUCUCGUCGUCCUCCCCCCAGCUCAGUGAACACAGGUGGGGUGACAGAGAUCAUGGCUGAGGGUGGAGAGCUGGAGUUUGUCAAGAGGAUCAUCCAUGACAGCCUGCAACUCAAGACACGCCUGCGAUAGUACAGUUGCAUGUUGGGAAAGAAGUGCAGCCUGGCACCUUUGAAGGAGGAGUUGAGAAAACAUGGGGUGCCCAAAGUGACCCACACAGAGUUCUGCCAGGGACGGACCAUGUGCUGGGCUCUGGCCUGGAGUUUCUAUGAUGACGUUACUGUUCUGUCUCCCCCCAGUAAGAAGAGGAAACUGGAGAAGUCUCGUAAUCCACUGUCCUUCAUGCUGCUGCAGUCCCAGGCCUCCUCUAUAGGCUGUCCCUCCAACCCCUGGCCUGUGGAGGCCAUCACUGCCUGGCUGGAGAAGACACUCAGUGACCUAAAGGUGCUACACAAGCGUGUCCCUUGUGGGAGGAAGUAGCAGAGUCUGUUCCUGACGGCUGUGAGGAACACCUGGAUCCACGGGAGACAGAGACGCAGAGACCAAGGCCGACACCUCAGAGAGCUGCCCAGAGCGCCCCCCAGUGAGGAGAAUGAGCUGAGGGAGAAGCUUCGCCUCCAACAGCUGUCUGACCACACCCACAGGCGCAAUGAUGUCACUUCCUACUCCCCCAUCCAGAUGAACCAUGUGACCCGAGCAGAAGAGCCCUGCCCCCAUUCGGAGUGCCGCCCCGCCCCUGUCCCGCCCCCACUGCCACCCCCCUCCAUGCCUAUUACUGUCAUCCCUAUCCCCAUGAUGACCUCCAACCACACAGGUCUGCCCCCCACUGUCCCAACCCCCUCCUCCACCACCCUGUCCCCCCAGGCUGGGGCAGCACCCUACCUGGCCUCCCCCAGGAGGGACCCUCACUCCCCAGGGCACGACCACCAGGGACAGGGUGCACUUUUGGCUCUCUCUCCUCAGUUGAAGACAGACCACUCCCACCACUUUCCUUUGACCCAAUCUGGCAACCACAAGCAGAAUCACCACCACCAUCACCUUCCGCAGAUGGUUUCCCCUCAAUCUGGCAACCAUAAACUGCUGCAGAAGCAGCAGCAGUCGCCCCAGCUGGUGCAGCCCUACCCUGGCUCCAUCGUCUCAGCCCCCCAGCUGCAUGCCUUACUCCCCCAGCCAGGGCCCCCCCAGACACCCCGUGGGGCCCAGACCAGCCCUUUUGGGGGCCGAGGCAGCCCCCCUGACCUGGACGGGAAGAAGAGGCCUGGAGGGGCAGGGACAAGAGAAGUACAUAACAAGCUUGAGAAAAACAGACGGGCUCACCUGAAGGAGUGCUUUGAUACCCUGAAGAAAAACAUCCCCAAUGCAGACGAGAAGAAGACCUCUAACCUCAGUGUCCUGAGGAGUGCCCUCCGAUAUAUACAGACGUUGAAGCGCAAGGAGAAGGAGUACGAGCAUGAGAUGGAGAGACUGGCGCGGGAGAAAAUCGCUACUCAGCAGCGAUUGGCUGAGCUGAAGAACGAGCUGAGCCAAUGGAUGAAUGUCAUGGAGAUCGACCGUGUUCUCAGACAGACGGUUCAACCAGAAGACGACCAGGCUUCUACCUCUACUGCCUCAGAGGGUGAAGACAUCAUGGAUGACGACAUGGAUGAGGAGAAUGUUCCAGCAGCCUUACCCACCGUGCCUCAACAAGCCAUGCAACCCGAGUUGUACAAGACUGUGACCCCCACUUCCAUAACCCCCACCACCUCCAUCCUCACCCAACACAUCUCCAGCCAACACAAGGCCCAAACGUACCCCCACCCGCUGUCAGCCCUGGCUGUCUCGGCUACAUUCUCAACCACAGCAUCCAACAUCACCACCACCCCUAUCCAGGCCCUCCUAUCGUCUCACACACACAUCGUAACCUCCCCUAGCACCCUCUUCCCCGCUCACACACACGUAGUGACCGCCCACGCUCAUACUCACAUGGUAAAGGCCCCCAGCCUCCAGCCCACAGUCAUUGCCCACGCCUCUGCUUCCCACGCCUCUGUCAUCCAGGCCGUCAACCACGUCAUCCAGGCUUCAUCUGGAGGAGCCAAGCACAUCACCCAUCUAGCUCCCUCCUCCUCAGCCCCCAUGCAGCUGGCCCCAGGGCACCACCACCAGCCCAUCGGAGACAUCCCCAUCCACCCUGUUACCCACCUGGGCCAGCACCAUCUACCCACCAUCUACCCCCAGUCUGUGGCUGUCACCCAGCCAGCCAUGGUGGGCCACAUCACCCAUACUCUCGCCCAGGUCAAUGGUACUGCCCCCAGCCAGGGCACAACCACCAUCAUGGGAAAGCAGACGGCAGUUGGUGCCCAGGUGGUGACACAUCACCAACAGCUGCUGAACCCUGUAACUAUGGUGACCAUGCCUUCAUUCCCCGUUAGCACUCUGAAGCUAGCCUGAUCUCUGACGCUAGCCUGAGAACCAAGUUACAUGAACUGGCCACACCCACCCUGAGGUGGCCAGAGUCAGGCUGAAGUCGGAGACAGACCUCCAGAUCUGGAGACCAUCGGCCUCAGAGCAGACCAGCCGGACAGGAACCAGCCCAGACUCAGAGCCCAGGGCGACUGAAGCAGGCCCAGAGUGAGGCAGGCACCAGGACUACUGUACUGACAAACAAAUGUAAACGUCUUCAUACUGGACGCAAGUCCUCAUAUUCACUGAUGAUUCACAAACUGCAUUAUUAACUAACCUGAUGCAUUACGGCUGCCAAUAAGAAGUAACUCAAAACAUUCCAAAAAGAAACUAUAAAAAUUAAUAAAAAAUAUAUAUAUAUAUGUAUAAUGGUUAUGAGGUGAAAGACAGCCAAUGUUGUUGGGCUGAGUAUGAUGUCCAGGAUGGUAAUGUUGAUGGAGUGUGAUGUUAUUGUAUAGGAUGCAGUGGAGAGAAUCACAUGGAGAGGUUCUCUGUCUGGCCCUCCUCCUGGUUCACGUUUCCAGAAGCAAAACAGUAGCUAAUAGUGAGAGAAGGACGUCAUCCAAUGUCAAGGCAGUCAGACCUGCAUAUUUUCAUUCAAGACCGGUUUUUAUAUUUCUGGUACAGGGUCAUGUAUUCCACAGCCAAGAGUAUUUACAAACCACACUACUAAUGACUGGUGGUGCCACUAUUUGCUAUUAUGAAAGCACCAAGGUUUUCGAUUUAACUGAAGUCUACCACUGCUAUCAGAGGCCAGGGCCUAUAUUCACAAAUCACCUGAGUAGUUGUGCUGAUCCAGGAUCUGCCCGUAUAAUCUUAUUCAUUAUGAUUUUAGUCUAAACUGAUACUAGAUAAGCACUCCUACUCUGAGACACUUUGUGGAUACGGGCCUUGAUGCGACCAGAAGGCAAAGCGUCCAAUUUCAGACCGCUGAAUCGGGGUCAGAGAGACUGGCUCUCUGGCUGUGUGAUUGGUAGGUGUUGGCACGUCAGCAUGGGAUCAGUGUGUGUGUGUGUGUGUGUGUGUGUGUGUGUGUGUGUGCACAUGCACUAACAACUAAGCGCCAUAAAGGAGCACAUUGAGGACAUGAUUGCUGGGACCUCCCCUUCCCACUACCCAGGCACAUGGCUGUGAAGUGAAACCUAAAACACGGCCUGGCCAUUCUUCUCCCACUGCAGCGCUGUCAUAUUACUGCAUGUUCCACAGGCUUCCCCUGGUGGUGGUAAACCACAACUGCAUGUAAAAUGAUUGAGUGUACUAGUUUGUAAUAACAUAUAUUCAGUGUGUGUGGCCCAAGCAGGAAUCAAACCCAAAUGUUGGCAUUACCAGUUCCACCAUGCACAUCUGAACCAGGUGAUGUAAAGUAUAACUGUGAGGACUUUUCCCAAAACUGAACCACUCAGUUUAACACAGGAGUAAAACUACAAUACUCAAGUGGCUACAUAUUACCGCGAUUUAUAUAUAUAUUUUUUACUAAUGGCAGAGCAGGAGCCAUAGCAGGCACAAUCACUGUAAAUUGCUCCUGGAGUAUCUAUGUAUGUGUAAUAAAGUAGCUAUAUAGUGAGGCAUAUCUUGUUUGUGUUGCAGCAGUGAUCUUGUUAAAUAAGGCCUUCGGCAGUGUCAUGGUAGAGCAUUGAAGUGAAUGUGGCAGUUUGGGGUUAAACGGCAUGGUCGGGCAGUCACGCCAUUUUAUCCUCUUUUUUUCCACCACCCAUAUGAAUUAUCUGGUAUAUCAACUCUAUCUAGAUUCUCAUGUUAGCCGUCCACUGCACUAUUACACGACCUGUGUAGCUGAGAUUCAACUUUUAACUUCUAGCACUUUGAUAUGCUACUUAAUAACCCCAAUUAAAGCAAAACUGGUUUACAACUGUACAUAGCACUCGCAAAAACAGCACCUGACUGUGUCCCUCUUCACUUAAUCUGAAUGAAUGUUCUUAUGUGUGUGUCUGUCUUUGGGAGGAAGAAUGGACAUGGUAGUCACAACAUUUUUUAAAAAGUGUGGAAUGGAACAGUAUGUAUGUACACAUUCAAUAAUGGAUUUAGUGUAUUUUAAAGAUUUGCCUGUUUUUGCAUGUAGAUUGGUGAUUUUGGUUCAUAUGUAGAUUUCUAUGCCAGCUGUUUUCUGUGACCAUGUACAGUACUGUAUACCGCGGGAGAGCUUUCAGAGUUCUUUCCACAACGUUUGUUUUCCCUAUGGAGAAAGUGGAAGUUCUAUAUUGCCUGUACAUUUUGGGCUACGUUUAGAUCUAAUUGUCCAUUAUGUAAAAAGAGAAAUCAUUUAAAUGCAUAAGUGGAAAAUGCUUAAGAUACUUAAUAAAUCUUAUUACAUUUAUAA